AGCCGCGUCUUUGUCGCCAUCCUCAGCGGCUGCGUCGCUGGUGUGCUCGGCCUCACCGGCCUGUCAGGCUUUGUUGCCUUCUUUGCGACCGCGCUCCUGCUGUCCGCCGGCCUCUACGUCAAGGUUGGCUGCCAGCCAAAGCCGUUCUUCAAGACGCCGUCCGACAUCUGGUUCGACGGCGUCAUGCAGGCCAUGCUCUCCUACAUCCUCUUCUGGACGCUCUUCUACGACAUUGUGCACAUAUAUUAG